CAGUUAUGUCGAGUUUGUGUCUGAAGUGCAAAAAGGUUACGUAAGUAUUCGCUCCAAGGAUAAGCAGCCCGUAUAUACACCGGCAUAUAUGCAGUCUAGCACAAGGAAAUACUUUCAGGAAGUAGUUCGCUGCCGCGCUUGAGUGACAGCUGUGGGGUAGUGACAGCCCACACGGGACGGCAGCCCGCAGAGCCGAGCCAAUAUUCAAGAUGGCAGGUCUAUCUUUAUACUUUGAAGAUAGUCACGAUGAUAUGGACGACUUUGGAUUCGAUGACUACGGGUCAGAUUGUGACGGCAUUCGCAUCACAGCUUUUCUUGAUGCAGGACAGGACAACCUCACACCUCUUGGGAGGCUAGAGAAAUAUGCUUUCAGCGAAAAUGUCUUUAACAGGCAAAUCGUGGCUCGCGGCCUACUCGAUGUGCUUCGAGAGUUCAGUGAGAAUGAAAAUGACUUUAUCAGUGUCAUGGAGACUGUUGCCAGAAUGUCAGAAGAUGGAGAGCCUACAGUGCGAGCUGAGCUAAUGGAGCAAGUUCCUAAUAUCGCCAUGUUUUUGCACGAGAGUCGGCCAAACUUCCCAGCCGCUUUUUCAAGAUAUUUGGUACCUAUUGUGGUCCGAUAUCUAACUGAUCCAAAUAACCAGGUGCGUAAAACGAGUCAGGCAGCCCUGCUGGUUCUGUUGGAGCAGGGCCUCAUCUCCAAAGCCGACAUGGAGACCAAAGUUUGUCCGGUUCUUCUCGACCUGACAGAACCCAGCAGUGAUGAUGACUACAAAAUCGAGGCAGUUGCUAUCUUGUGUAAAGUUGUGACUAUGUUGAGCAAAGAUACAGUGGAGCAUCUGUUGCUGCCCCGUUUUUGUGACCUGUGCAGUGACGGCAGACUCUUUCAAGUGCGGAAGGUGUGUGCGGCCAAUUUUGGGGAGUUUUGUUCUAUUGUUGGACAGGAAGCCACAGAAAAACUACUGAUGCCCAAGUUCUUCGAACUAUGUUCAGACAGCCUUUGGGGCAUAAGGAAAGCUUGCGCCGAGUGCUUCAUGAUGGUUUCCAAUUCCACUUCUCCAGAGGUCCGGCGAUCAAAGUUGUCCCCUUUGUUCAUCAACCUUAUUAGUGACCAGUCUCGCUGGGUCCGACAGGCUGCCUUUCAGUCUCUGGGGCGAUUCAUCUCCACCUUUGCAAACCCCUCCAGCACAGGCCUUCACUUCAGAGAGGACGGCACCCUUCCAGAGAUUCCCAGCAACUGCUCACUCAACUCCCUAAAUUGCAAUGAAAUAAGCAACUGCCAUACAGAAAGAAGCAUCCCCCACACGCCUCCCAACCAGGAUGGCCGCGCUACACCAUCACCAGAGCAUGUUUCGACAGCAGAAAGUGAAGACUUGCACAACUAUGAGGACGACCACACUUCUGUUCUCGGAGAGACGUGUGACAACUUCCCCCUCACGGGGAGAAGUGACAGCUCCACCGCUACAAACAGUCCCGGCAUCACAAAAGAAACGGAGCAGACAGACGAGAACUUUAACUCUUUUCAUUAUUGGAGGCCUCCCCUGCCCGACAUCAGCGGGGAACUGGAGAUGUUAAACUGUUCGACAUCAGUUGAAGCAACAGAAAAAGAGGAAGAACUAGAGGAGAAUUGUCCUGAUUCCAAGUCUAGCCACGGGAAAGCCACCAGUGAUCAGAUCCAGAAGGUUUUGGAUUGUUUGCAACCUCACAUUGCAGAUCCUGACGUACAAGUUCAAGUCCAAGUGUUGUCAGCAGCUCUGAAGGCAGCCCAGCUCGACAGCCCGACGGACAACAGCCCUGCUGACCUGCAGCUAGAAGUGCAGCCUGAGAGCGACUCUGGAAACCUUUCACCGGAGUGUAAAUCUGAGGAACUUCAGUCAGAGAUCGAAGGGACGCUGACAGAAGAAGAGCAAACCAUGGAAUCUGUUCCAGCCUCGGAGACGUGUCCUGUCCAGGAACAAGGCGACGAGGAGACACAGACAGAGCCGCUGGAAAAUAAGGAGGAGUCUCCUCCAUGCUCUCCUGUUAUGGAGUGUGAACUAAUCGAGAGUGUAGAGGAGGAGGAGAAGGAAGACUCUCCUCACAGCCCGUUGUCUGAGGAUAAGCCUAAAAUCCAGAAUGUCAUCCCCCAGCCUCUGUUGGACCAGUACCUGUCGAUGACGGAUCCGGCACGAGCCCAAACAGUGGAUACAGAGAUCGCCAAACACUGUGCCUUCAGCCUCCCGGGAGUGGCGCUCACGCUCGGUCGACAGAACUGGCACUGUCUCAAGGACACAUACGAGACCCUCGCUAGUGAUGUACAGUGGAAAGUGCGACGCACGCUGGCUUUCUCCAUUCAUGAACUGGCGGUUAUCCUGGGGGACCAGCUGACGGCAGCGGAUCUGGUGCCCAUCUUCAACGGCUUUCUGAAAGACCUGGAUGAAGUCCGCAUCGGCGUGCUCAAGCAUCUUUAUGACUUCUUAAAGCUGCUGCAUGCAGACAAAAGGAGAGAGUAUCUGUACCAACUGCAGGAGUUCAUGGUCACAGACAACAGUCGCAACUGGAGAUUCAGAUAUGAGCUGGCAGAGCAGCUGAUCUUGAUUAUUGAGUUGUACAACCACCGUGACGUGUACGACUACCUCAGACAUAUAGCGCUCACCCUCUGCUCCGACAAAGUGUCAGAAGUCCGGUGGAUCUCUUACAAACUGGUGGUGGAAAUUCUGCAGAAGCUGUACGCCAGCAGGGCUGAUGAUCUGGGCUUGGAGUUCAUCAAGGAGCUGACCGGGAGGUUCUGCCACUGUCCCAAGUGGGUGGGAAGACAGGCCUUUGCCUUCAUCUGCCAGGCUGUUGUGGAGGAGGACUGCAUGCCCAUGGAUCAGUUCAGCCAGCAUCUCCUGCCCAGUCUGCUCAGCCUGUCCUCAGACCCUGUAGCUAACGUCCGCGUCCUGGUGGCCAAGGCUUUACGUCAGAGCGUGAUGGAGAAAGCUUAUUUUCGAGAGCCAGGCUGUGCCUAUUCCAACAAACUGGAGGAGACGGUGAUCGCUCUGCAGUCCGACAAGGACCGAGACGUCCGAUUCUUUGCCAGCAUGGACCCAAGCAAAGGCCUAAUGGACACGGCUCCGUUUAUCUAGCCUCAGCGCUCGCACACCUUCACAGCCUGCCUGCCUGUCUUACCUACUUGGCUGCCUGACCGACACCCGGUUGGCAUAACCCGCGACACCAGCAUCUGGACCAGAACCCCUUUGAGAGUCUUGAACUGGGAUGUACACAAAUGCUCAGACCACACGGCCCCGUCACCGGAGGGACUCUAUGAAGCGCACAUCACAACGAGAAAAUGCAAAGUUCUCAGAGAUUUUCCACAGACGAGCAGGACUCUGGUGGCUGUGGUGGUGGUUGCCAUACUCAUGUCUGAACUUGCUCCCGCCCCCACACUAACAUCGACCCCACCACCACAGACUCACACUUUCCAAAGCUAAUUCUAAACCCUAUAUAAAGUCUGUUUUGUUUUUUCUCAAAGUUUUAUUUGUGGAUUUCUGGACUAGUGUGUAAGUCCCGCUGGACUCGGAUGUGUGCACUAACUCAGGGGGACUCAUCUGAACCUAAACAGCAUUAUUCGCUCAUGUUGUAAAGAGCAGCUCCUGGAUUUCUGGCUGUAAAGAAAAACUCCAGUUGCAUAAGGUGCAGACCAGUCCAACCUUUCCACCUGAACGUCUGUUCUCUCGAAUGUCCUCUGACUUCUGAGAUGUCUUCUGGGUUCUGGUUUCUUCCCUCCCACCGUCUCAUAUCACGUUUAGUCUCACCUGGUCUUUGUGGACCACAGAAACCACUACUACUGCACAGAUGGGAUGAUUAAUCUGCCACUCCGUGAUAUCACUUAAAAAAAAAAAAAAGCAAUCUAAUGGACUAUGGCAAGCUCAAAAUGUGACAGUAUGAUGUGACAGUAUGUCUCCUAAAUGGCAGGAGAUGAAUGAAAUACCUCCAUUUGUCUACGGCCAGCAAGUGUCACACACGUGGAGGGACAUCCGAACUGAAUGUCCUAGACUGUGAUUUUUCUUUUUUUUUUUUUUUAACGCCCUCAUCCUUUGAUCAAGUCUUUGGUGUUGAACCAUCACUAACAAGGGCUCAUGACGAAGUGACUCCAGCUGAUGCAAAGAGGAAAAAAUCAAGCACACUGUUAGAAAGCGCACGCCUCCCCUCCUUCAUCCUGCUGUCUGGACCACUUCCUUCAGGUUCAUCAGUGAAACCACGGUUUGCUCUCAGUGGAUCUGACUGACCAGUUGUACAGUAGAAUAUAGUAAUGGCCGUGUUACUGAAACAUGCCUCAAUUUUCUCUUUGUUGGUGGAAUGACUUAAAAGUAUGAGAUUUCGUAAAACUUGUUUUCAUUUUUGUACAGCUUGAACCUGUGGAAGAGACGGUGGAACCAAGGCCAGUUUAGUAAAGGUGUUUGAGAAUAUGGGAGCAGUCACCAAGUCACUUUUUUUUUUAUUUUUUUCAUCUUUUUCCCCCCUCUGGUGUAAAUGA